CACAGAUAUGUAUAAUUAUAUAUGUUUUUUAUACAUGUCUGUGGUUGUGCAUUUAUUUAGAAAUUAUAAUAGUUUAUACUAUAUUUCCAAUCAUGCCAUAUAAGUGCUGUGUUGAUGGAUGCCGUAGCAAGGACGGGGUUGUUGGUUCAACUACGAAAUUAUUUAGAUUCCCAAUCGAUGAGAUUAGGAGACAAAAAUGGGUGGACUCUAUUCAAAGAGAUAACUUUAUUCCAACAAAAUAUUCACGCUUAUGCAGUCUCCAUUUUAAUAACAGUGAAUUUGUUGAAGCCCCAGAAAAACUUAUUUUAAAAAAUACAGCUAUUCCAUCCAAUUUCAAUUAUGCCAAAAGAGCAACAAAAUGUUUAAGCAACAAAUUUGAUCACGAUUAUAGUUCUUCAGUUUCUUCUUUAUCAAAUAUAAUUAAUAUACCAACAAAUUCAAAUACACUUACUACUUUUCCUAAUGUGCCGAUUGAUUCUGGUGUUGAAAAUGCUGGGUGUAAUUAUGAAGCUAUCGAUCUAACUUUUAUUGGACCUAAUUUUAGCCAGUCACCUCAUACCCCUACGUAUACACCUACGCUCAAAAGAAAAUUUAACAAAAAAUUAUUUGAUACACCAAAAAAAACCGACCUCAAAAAUCGAAUUAAACUUUUACAACAAACUGUUAGAAGGCAGAAUACAAAAAUUAAUUAUCUUGAGGUUUUUAUAAAGAAGCUAAAAAAUAAAAUAAAUGAUUACAGUAGUCCCACUUAUUCCAAAGCCAUCAGUGAAAGAGAUUAUUAUUUUUAAGAUGAGUCGAAGUUCAAGGGAAAUUACAUUUAUUCGACUUAUAGAGGUUUCAUUGUAUAUGUUACCAACAAUGUUUACAAGCCGAAAAUGAUGACAAUGCUUAAUAUGUUCCUAAACUUAUUAGGCAUUGUCAUCAUUUCCUGAAAUGACAACAUUGCCGGUAACAUAUACAUAAGGGCACUAGUUUUAAAGUGUACAUGGUCACUAAAUUUUCAGAAAACCAAAAAAACCGCACCCUAGUGAUGACUGGAUGAGUGAGACUUAACUGUAUAUUGUGAUUAAAA